AUGCUGCUCUUGUUGUACGUGCAGCUGUUGCCGACGGCCGUGGUCUUUAAGGCCUCCAACUGGCUUCUCCGCCGUUCAACGGGUGCGCUCCACUGGCGCGACACUUGCCGUUCACAUGCAUUGACCGUCCAAGCGUACACGGUUCUGCCUGGUACAGCGUCCAAAGGGACACUCGUCGUGCAUCGCGGCGGCGCCAGUGCCUCCUCCACGGCGACGCCCAGCGUCGCGCUACUCACGGGCGGCCUCUAUGACAUUGUGGCGUUCGAUGCACGCGCCUCAGCAACGUCGGACGGGCGCCGCAACGAGACAGAUGACGUCAUGGACCUUGACGCGCUUCGACGCGCCGUGCACAGUGACGCAUGCGGCAAAAUCUCAUGUACGCUCUGGUAUAGUCGCCUCGGGCUUGCGUACGCGACGGCCUUUCCAGACAAGGUUGGCCGCUUUGUCCUGGACGCGAUACCAAACGACAACGGAAAGGUCUCCUUGCCAUCCCUCGAGGCGCGUUUCUGA